AUGGACAUACAAUUAGUGCCCAAAGUGCCAUGGGAGCUGGCCCUGAACAGCCUGGACCCUCUUAUUCAGGACACCUUUCUUGGGUCCAGUCAACCAGCUUCUCCGCUCCCAUUUGUCAAGUGAGUAUAAUAUGAGAUACGAUGCCUAUAUUACUGUAAUGACAAUAUCAUUCUAUUGUAUCUUCAGGGAACCCAGUGUUGUGUUUGUUGGGCCUAAAUGCGACCAACAGAACGGCGGAUUCCGCGGCGAAUAUGAAAUGGACGAGGUCAACUACAUGCAAUGGUUCGAUGACACCGACAUGGAAGUUACAGUACCCGGAUGGAACCCCACUGGACAUACCGAGCUACCACAACCAGCACCAACAAUACAACAACAACAUACUGAUAGGUACGUCCGCCUUUCUGAUUACCUUCUUUGACUCGAGUUUUACAUAGGACAAGACGGUAUAGUGUAAUCAAUAUAAUUCUUACUGUAAUGGUUUCAGCCAAGAUACCGGACUAACUUCACCAGGCAGUACCUACUCUUCAGCAUGGAGCACUGGCGGUGAAUCAGUGAUGACUCAAGAAGAAAUUCUCGAAGAGAUCCAACGAGAAUGUGCCGAGAUCGAACGGCGUUCCUUGUCCCCACCCUUAACAUCAAGAAAGGUAAGACUCGUCAAUGCUAACAAUCAUCCUUAAUAUCUCCAAAAACGAUAGUAAAGUAAAACAAGACGGUCCUGUUUCAAACUGAUGUUCUAAUGUCUACAAUCACGUCCUGUUUUAAACCAAUCACGGUCUGGUUUUUCCCAAAUUAAUCAUCGCUGACUUUCAGAAGCUUAAAAUACGCCGCUCGGUAGUGGAUGGCGACGAUCGUAAAAAGGAAUUGAAUCGCAUUGCCGCCACGAGAUAUCGAGAAAAGAAACGUCGAGAGAAAGAAGGCUUGUGGGUGGAAGAAAAACAACUCAUCGACCGGAACCGCCGCCUUAACGAGACCGUCGUGGACUUGAAGGCCGAGAUCGGUUACCUUCGGAAGCUUCUCAAGGACAUGGAACAUCGUUCACGCUCCAACUGA